ACUGCUCGUCAUGCUCAGCCAGUCCUCUGGUGGCGACGAUCCGGGCGCGGCCGGGCCGAGCGCCACCCCCUUGUUGGGCGGCGCCGCGAAGCGAGAGCCGGCCCGGCCGAGCGUGCUGCUGACGGCGCAGCACCAGGCGCCCGCAGCUCUCGCCGCGCCCCGCCGCGCCAGAGUCAUAGGGAUCCCUGACGCCCGGCUCUGCGCCUCUGCGCGGCCGCAGUUGAGUGUAGCCAUCGACGAGUGCGAGCGAGGCGACACGGUGGGUGCGCUGGUGUCGCCGCUGCUGGAGGUGGCCGUCAAGCCGUCCAGCAAGAGCCGCGCCAACAAGGUGGACAGAGCGCUGCGAUGCGGAGCGUGCGACGGCUGCAAACGUGCUGACUGCGGGCGCUGUCCAAACUGCAAGGACAAGCCAAAGUUUGGCGGCGCGGGCGUGAAGAAGCAGGCGUGCCAGUACCGCGGCUGCCUCACGCCGACGCGUACUGGCAACGGCCGCGUCCUCCCGCCCGAUCCCGAGCGCGCCAGCAGCCAGAUCAGCAGCGCCGACGAGUCUUCGGAGCCUGUCAAUGGGUACGUCUCUCCGCGCCUCUCAGAGUCCUCCGCCAGAGGGAGCUUUGAGGAGGGGGUGGGCUUGCCUGCGGCGCUCCUCGGCGCCGCGGGGCUGGUGGAGCGGAGCAUCAACGAAGAGGGCGAGCUCGAGGCGAGGCCGCUAGAGGCGCGCAAGCCGCUGGGCGCAUCGGCGCUGCUGCACGCCGAGAAGCCGCUCGCCAAGGUGAGCUCGCCGGGAAAGCGAUCGCGGAGGUGAGGGCAGAGCAGGCGGCAGCCUCCCGUUUCUCGCCAGCGAGCGGAUGAGGAAACGCGCAACGGCGGAGACCGGGCGUCUCGGCGAAACUGCUCUCGUGGUACUGUUCAGUGUGCGAUAUGGAUCCGUAUCGCGGUGAUCUCAGCAGUAAUGGGCAUGGCGGGGGGAAAGGGGGCUCUGCGGUGUGUGUGUACUUGAACUGGGGGGCGGGACGACUGCGUUUAUCUUGUCGAGUGCGGAGUGGCUGGUCAGGCAGAGGGCGUGUCACGUGCGAGGAGACAUACUCACAUACAUACUAACAUAAU